AUGAGUACAUCUGGAGAAAACAACGAAUCAUCCGCCGGAAAUCAAGCAAGAACAUUGGUGGAGUGGAUAAAAGAAACAUCUGUGGGAUUUUUGUCUGAAGAGGAACUGAAGAAAGAACCAGUCAACGUUCUGAGAAAAACUGUCGAUAAAGCUCAGGGAUCAUUCCGUGGAACAGUCACAACCAUCUCAUUGUUCACCGAGUUGUCGAAGGUCAUCACUGUCGACCCAUUGGGACCUGAAGCGUUUGGAGAAUGUGUACACGAUCUUAUUAUAAUACAUAAUCCAUUCUCUGGUCCGAAAAUUUAUGUCUCUGUUUCCAUUGAAUCGUCUGAAAGAAAUCACCCACUUGGUACUUGUUUCGGAAAACUCAAUGCUAUCACAGGUGAAACUAUUUCAAACUGCUUGGAAAAUAGCGGACAAGACCUUGAACUGAACACACCAAAUGUUACUAUCAAAUUGACCUAUCUUGUUUCUCCAUGA